GUAAGUGAUCGUAACUUUCCCGUUUCCCAUUCAAUCCCAAAAUCUCCCAUUCCUCUUAUUAUUUUAUCCUGGUCAGCCCCAAGAGCCUCCCCAUAACACUCACUGAACUCUAUUAAGUUCUAAAAUCAAGAAAUACGACAAGAAGUCACGGACAAUCCGUAAAGUUUAAUUGAACAAUGCACAUGUCAGGGGGUAGUCUUUUAAUCGGAGCGUCGCCUGAAUAAAAUGGUGGCCGUGAUUUAGCAGCCGAACAUUCCGGCUAGAGGCGCUUUGUCAUCAUUGAUCGAACAGCAAGAUUUCGAAUAAAAAUAAGCGUCUCAGGCUUUUGCAAGACUAUGGCAGCUGUAAGUGGACCAUUGUAAAGCUAGCGAUGAAAGUGGCGUGACAAAUUCGCGGCUGUGCGCUGUGGGGAAAUCUGAUGCUGAUUUGAGCGCUCUUUGUGCACAAGAAAGACCGAAAAAAUUGAUAAAAAACAGCUAGUGGCAUUACGGGGACAAGCAAGUGACAAAGAAUGAGGUCCUACGACGGAGAAAGCAGUUCCUGCGAGGAGGACGAGCGGAGAGAGGUGAUGCCCGAGGCCCACUUGCAGCAGCAACAACCUCAGCCGCAGCAACAGCCGGGCCCAUGGCAACGCUCUGCCUCCCAUCCGACCUGGGCGUGGGAGCAUCGCAGUACCCCCUCGAUCAAACGAGCAGAAAAGAACUCGGCGUGCCAUCUGCUGCAGCACCCGCUGGCGACGCACGCAAAUCCGUCCCUGGAGCCUUUGGGUUACCACCAGCCAGGACCCGGCGGCUCGGUUCACGGGGUGAUGGGGCCAGGGCCGACGGCAGCGGCGGUCUACUCUGCCUCGGAGAACGCGCAGAGCGCACCCGGCAGACGGACUCCUUUGGGAGCCGUUGGCCUUGGCGGCUUCUACUUUCAGCAACAGCAGCAUCACCCCGGCGGAGCCCCGCCGUUGCCGCCCUCCUCGCAUGCGCCGUCGUCCAGUGCACUCACCGACGAAAAUAGGCCCGAUCAUGAGAGAUCUAGCUCCUCUCGAAAUUGUCCUUCAAAGUCGAAAACAACGAGGCAAGGGAAGAGUGUCAGAUUGAACAUCAAUGCACGAGAACGAAGAAGAAUGCACGAUUUGAACGACGCACUAGACGAGCUACGUUCGGUCAUUCCUUAUGCGCACAGCCCAUCUGUUAGAAAACUCUCGAAAAUCGCCACGCUUUUACUCGCCAAGAACUAUAUUCUCAUGCAAGGUAACGCCUUGGAGGAGUUGAAGCGCGUGAUCGCAGUCUUGCAAUCGCCCCACGCCCACGCUGGCGCUUUGCCACCGACUCCCGUAUCGUACGACCUGCUGCACGGUUUCCCCGGCAAGCUGUUCCAAGGUGUGCAAGAAUUGCAAGGGUUGCAAACUUCGGCCAACAAUAGCCAGUCGCAGCCGCAACAGGCCUCAGUCAACAACGCUAGUCCUACCAGUGAUCAGGCAUCUGUUGCUACAGAGUCCGCCUAAAUUAUUUCGCCUUGGUUUUACUUCCGUCGCUUCAGUCGUUUUUUGCUUUAUUCACAAGCAACAGUGCGUGUGAAAUUCAUGCGUGGAUUUCCUUACCGGAAGUAUGCACUUCGACAUCGCUUAUUAGUAGUUUCGAAUGUUUUUUAAUAAUGCGAAUGCUUUGUGUAUUAUAGAAACGACGAAAUUGCAAUUGUCAAUCAAAUUGCAUUUGCGCUCUUUCAUCACUUGUUUUCUUCUCAAAUAUUUAUUCUUUGUGUUUCCAUUUGAUUAUGAAUUGUCUAAUAGGCACUAUUCCAUAAAGUAAAUUCUUGAACAUAAUUUUGCAGUCUAUACAAAUAAGAAGGCUGAUCGAAGAUUGGAUUUUUGCUUGUCUGCAGAAUAAAUUGUCUACUACUUUAUUUUAUUUGUAGUAAAUUCGAUCAACACUUCUUCGUGUAAUUUUUGCUCAUUAAAUCAACUCUUACAUAAUGAUAUGUAAAUGCAGGAAAGUUUGGCUUUUCGCCUCAAGAAAAACGACGUUGCUAUAUAUGGAUUUUGAUCAUCGAUCUGAAGUAUUAUGAUGGAUAACAAAAAUCAAUUCAUACAAUGGAAAGUUAUCGAGCACAACUAUUGCAAUUUUUUAAUCUUCAUGUCAUGAAUAUUUUACAAUGAAAUAUCGGCGACUUCAAUUUCUAAGGGACGUAUCUCCUGCAAAUAGCAAAUCAAAAUUAUAAGAGAUAUGUUUGUUGGAAUUGGAAUCGUAAUAUAAUCAAACUUAUUGAAAGUAAUGAUGCCUAUAAAAAUACUAAAAGUCAAUAGUUAUGAUGCGUAGUUGUAAGGAAAAAAUGCAUUUAUCAAACGCUAAAAUAGAGAAAGAAAAAUGCAUAUUUCCAAAUAAAAAAUACUUUAAUUUUUCAGUCAUUCAAAAAAUACAAAUAUAGCAAAGUUUAAAAAUCAUGAAAUAUUUACAAAUAGUCGUAGGAGUUUUGAUUAACUGAAAAAUUAGAGUUUAAAGCGAUUGACUUGAAACUCAUCUGUGAAUAAGAUGAAAAAUAGAGAUGAAAGUAAAGUUACGGAAUUGGUGAUUGAAAAGUGAAAUGCUUGAGAGAGAAACGUACUGAGUUCCGCCCGCAACACGAUAGUCAAUAUAGUAUGUGAUACAAGUUAAUGUAUGCUAGUCGCAUAUACAAGGAAAAAAUUAUGAAUAAUAUGGAUUUAUACAAAUAUAUUUAUUAUUACGAAAUAAUACUAUUUCGCUAAAUUUUCUAUUUCUAUGAAGUUUAUUUGUGAAAGCGCUUGUUUUAUAAGCGUUGAAAGUCAACGACAUUAUACUAUUUGCUGUAUGUAUAUUUAAAGUGCCAACUGUAAGGUAAUGAUAACGAAUCAAUUUUACAAUGUAUUAUACGAUAGCGAUCGUAACCAUUGCAAAUUAUUAUGAGCAAUAAUCGAUGUUGUAAACGUAGCUGAAAUUCCAAAGUAAAAAAUGUCUUACCGAGAAGAGGAGUACA